AUGGCAGCAGACGUUCAAAGUACAGCGGCGCAGAUUCUAUCAGCCGAGCCAACACGCGACCCAAGCUACAACGAAUUCACCUUCUCCCCCUUCCUCCGCAAGAGCUUUGGCUUCGGUCUCGCUAGCGAUGUCCCCGUUUGCAAGGCCUACGGUGAAGGCCAUUGCCCCCUCGGACCAGCCUGUCCAGACCGACACCCUACUCCCUCACGAGUGACAACCUCUACAACGACUGCCUCCGGGCUAGCACCAUCCACCACACACGGGUCCCUCGUCUGCAAACAUUUCCUGAAGGGGCUAUGCAAGAAGGGCGUGAAGUGCGAGUACCUGCACGAGUAUAACCUUCGACGCAUGCCGGAGUGUCAAUCCUUCUCGCGAUCUGGAUACUGCCCCAACGGCGACGACUGUCUCUACCAGCAUGUGCGCGAGGAGGCGCGCCUCCCACCGUGUGAGCACUACGACCGGGGUUUCUGCGAGCUGGGCCCCCUUUGCGCGAAGCGACACGUCCGGCGCCGACUCUGCAUGUUCUACCUAGCUGGGUUCUGCCCAGAAGGCAAGGCGUGCGCCAACGCGCAUCCGCGGUGGACGGAGAACCUCCCGCGACCGACGAUGAAGACGGAGAAAACGGAGGAGGAACUGGAACACGAGCGGGCGUUGAUUCGGGAGGAGCAAGAGCGCGAGAAGGAGCGGGAGCGUGAAUGGAGGAGUGAACGAGGUCGUGGUGGGGGGUUCAUGCGGGGCCGGUAUCGUGGUCGAGGAAGGGGAUAA